CCCGACGUCAGUAGUGUGCGACACGUUUCUGUCGAAGGAGAGAUGGCGGAACCUGAUGUUCAGAAGGUCAUUAAGUUGGUUCCUGAGAACCUCCUUAAAAAGAGGAAAGUGUACCAGGCUAUCAAGGCUACUCAAGCCAAGCUUGCUUUACUUCAAAAGAGAAAGGACACAUCAGGAAGACCCAUAAAGUUCAAGCGGCUGGAGGAGUUUUGUAAGGACAGCAAGCGGAGGCAUCGAGACGACACCCGUCUACAGAGAGCCAAAACAAGGCCCCCGCCUUCCCUCCCACCUGCUAAGAACCGCCUGGUGUUUGCUGUUCGUGUUCGAGAGAUCAAAGGUGUUAGUCCCAGAGUUAAGAAGGUGAUUCACAUGCUGAGACUCAGAAAAAUCUUCAGCGGUACCUUUGUCAAAGUCAGCAAGACCUCCAUAAAUAUGCUGAAAAUAGUAGAGCCAUAUGUUGCCUGGGGAUUUCCUAAUCUCAAAUCCGUUCGAGAGCUCAUCUUAAAAAGAGGCCAGGCAAAGAUUGAUAAGAGAAGGCUUCCUCUUACAGACAACACCGUCAUUGAGCAACACCUAGGGCAGUAUGGGAUUAUCUGUCUGGAAGACCUCAUCCAUGAGAUCUACUCUGUUGGGAAGAACUUCAGGCUGGUGAACAGGUUCCUGUGGCCCUUUUGCUUGUCGGUCCCCCGACAUUCAGCCAGAGAUAAAGUUGGCCUUCUGAAAGACAUGGGUGAACCCGGCCCGAGAGCUGAGGGCAUCAACGGUGUCAUCAGGAAAUUUAACUGAGUGUGAAGCCUCCUAAAACUGCCCCCAGGGUGUGGAACCUCCUAAAACUGCCCCCUUACUUGCUCUCCUUUCGCGUUCCCUCUUCAGAAUGAUGGGUGGCUCCCUGAGAACGAACACACUCCAGCUGUUUAUCUGCAGGAAGGACUGAUCAGAACACACUGUCUUGAACAGCUGAAUAGUUUGAAAACUGUUUGUGUAUCAUGUUGUGCAGGGUUGGUGUUGCAUCGCUUUAAAAAACGAACGUCCUUUUUCCUGGCAGACAUCUGGGACCUUUCACCUCUAUAAACAAAUGUUUAUCAUGGAUUGUUACAAGCAUAAUUCCUCCGUGAUUCCAUAAGCCUGCCCAUCCCCUACUUCUACCUGCCCUGUGUAGAAAUGGGAAGUGGGGUGUGGGAGGAACGGGGCCACUGUGAGACCUUUACAGAGUUUAGUUGGAUAUUACUGUGAUUAGUGCAGUACAAUCAACCUUGUUCUUUGCAACCACAUCAGUUCUGUGUACAUUAGUCAUUUUAACGUUUUUUUUCAAUUCUGUUUUGUAUGCUAUCAAAUGUUCUUUGGGUACUGCUCAAUUUAACCCAUAUGGGAAAAUAUCAGUUUCAUUCAUUUCAA